AUGGCAGAGAUGUUGCGCCGGAAGCAGUAUGUGGGCCUCUUCCUCUUGCUGCUUGUUGCUUGCUUGGCCCCGGGCGCAGAGGCUGCAAUCACCUGCGUGAAGGAGGAGUUCUACGAGUGGAUCUCCGAGGACGACUGCGACAUGACACGAGGAAAGGCUGAGCAGAUCUUCCAAAAGGUCGACGGCGACGGCGACGGGAAGUUGUCUUUCGGCGAGUUCGUGAAAUGCUGCAAAGACUUCAUGGGCGUCCAGCUUCUUGAACCUAAGCAAGAAGAGCCGGCUCCGCCUGCCCCAGCUCCCCCUGCAGAGCAGGCUGAACAGCUCGAACAGACCAUCCAGCCGGUCCAGCCCCAAAAGGCUGUUGUUGAGGAAGUCUGUGCACCGGUGAAAGAAGCGAUUGUGCCGAGGAAGAAGGCAGCGGACAACGCGCCCCGGAAGACCUCUACAACGGAGGGUGCCAUUGUCUCCCGGCGCCGGGCAGGCAGCCUUCCGAACCUGCUCACCAGGCGUUCUACGGGCGGCAAAGCCGGCACGAUGAGCUCAACCAUCAGCAGUGUUCAGGAGCCCGAAAUUCCUGGAGCGCACAAAUCGCGCAUGGCGCCAUCGCUGCCGACACCAGGACCCGGAGCAUACAACAACACCGUGUCGGAGAAGGUGCCUGGUGGUAGCUACUUCGGAACCGGCCACAUCACGGUUGGAAUUGACAACAAUGACACAGCCGUGGGAUUUGCGCAGGAGAAGACUUCCUUCAUCAAGUACGACCUGAACCGCAACGGCACGCUCGACUUCCAGGAGCUGUGCAAGUUGCUCCGUCGUGGAGAUCCGAACUUGACGGACAUGGAAGUGCAAGCAUUGUUCGAUGCCCUUGACAAAGACAAGGACGGGAAUGUGGGAUUUAACGAGCUGUCGGAGUACUUGCACCCACCUGGCGCAACUUUCGAGCACUCUACCUGGCGAAAGAAGCUGCGCACCGCUUUCAACCUCUCGUGCCCUGGUCCUGCAGACUACGUUGGCAAUGACAAGGCCUUGGCGGGCAAGCGCAACGCUCCCCGGGCAGUGAUCCCAAGCCAGCGGAGAAUGACCGACCACGGCGUGAACAGCCUCUCCCCUGGCCCGGCUGCCUACAAGGGAAACCACACGGCCAGCGCCUUCCACAAGAACGCCUACUCGGCAACCUUCGGCACUGCCCCGAAGGGCAUGGGCUCGCGCUCCGAGUCUCCAGGGCCUGGAUCGUAUGCGCAGAAUUUCUCAGUUCUCGCCCAUCAAAAGCAGGGCCCGCGAGCCACAAUUGGAGCUGCAAGGCGGGCGCUCUGCUAUGAGGGCCAUUUGGAGUCAUCACCGGGCCCUGCCACCUACUGCACACACGUCCAGCACAAGGUGAAGGGCGGGAACUACUUCGGCGUGCCGGGACGCAUGUCAUUGCCCGACCUCCCCUAUGAGAAGCGGCAGUUCGCCAGCUGCGACUCGAACAAGGAUGGAACCUUGGGCGUGGAUGAGGUUUACAGCAUUUUAUGCAAGGCAGACCCUAAGAUCUCCGCAGCGGAAGCAAAGCAGAUCUUCGACUCGUGUGAUCGCGACGGUGAUGGCAAGAUCAACUUCGACGAGUUGAGGGACUACCUCCACCCAGUGAGUGCCAACGAGAACACGGCCUACAGAAAAGUGAUGAGAGAUGGCUUCUCCAUCAAGUCCCCUGGCCCACUCGACUACGAUACCAUUGCGCCGCGCACCUCGAAAAUCCGAGGCGGUUCAAUUGGCCGGGCUCGUCGUUGA